AUGCAGAGCGUACAAAGACACUUCGGGAAAUUUAUGAAGCGGUCGGCCGACGACAGCCAGGUGGCCAUUCUUUUAAAGGACUUCGACGAAGCGGACAAGCUUCUGGGCCGCAUUAUCGAUUCGACCAGUGCCUGGCGCGAUGCCUGGUCCGGGCUCCUGACACAUCAGAGUCGAAUGAUCGGCGAAUUCGAGGACCUCUACGCUCCCAUCGUCGGCUCGGAUCCAUCCCCGCACAAUGCUGCCACCACCCCUGAAGCGACCCUGGCCCGAACAAACAAGCUUCGCGGGGAGUAUGAGGACCUGCAGAAGGAGCUUCUCACGGAGCUCAGUGCCGUGGAUCAACGCAUGAUCCAGCCAGCGUCGCAGGCCCGGGAAUGCUUCAUCCCCGUGAAGAAAACAAUCAAGAAGCGCGAUGACAAGAAGUUGGACUACGAGCGCUACCAAAGCCGCGUCGACAGCUAUGCCAAAAAGACGAAGCGAUCGGACCGAGAUAACCAGAGCCUGGCCAAAGCAGAGACCGAGCUCACCAAAGCGACCGAGGUAUGCACACAAGACCGUGCGUUGCUUUGA